AUGAAACGAUUAUUGAGUGCUGGUUUAUUUAUUAAGUUGCUUUUGCUCUUGCAUCUGCUUCUCGCUGCCACGACGGAGGCUGGUUUCUUCACCAAGUCUGAGAGUAAAGACUUAUAUGCAGUUCUUGGGAUUACACGAUCGGCUACAAAAGAAGAGAUUCGAAAGGCAUUCCGCAAAAUUACACGUGAACAUCAUCCGGAUCUGCAGGAAACACCAGAAGCAAAGGAGGCGGCAAAGGAAUAUAUGGUAAAAGUCCUCGCAGCGUAUAAUAUCCUUACGGAUGAUAUUAAACGUCAGGAUUAUGAUAGUUUUGGGAAGAUUCCUGGUGAAGAUCUUAAUCCAACAGAACAUUCAGCCCAGGAAAUAUUUGAAUAUUUUCAUCAACAUUUACCUAUUCUUUCUAAAACAGAACAAAUGGAAUCUGUACGAUCAGCAAAACAAAUUUUGAAUUUUCGUGGUAAUCGUCUUUUUCUAAUACAAGUAUAUGAUGAUACCUGUCGUGCAUGCCGUUGGUUUGGGCCAACGUGGGAUAGUUAUGCGCAUUCUAAUCUUGUAGAGGCUGGAGUUGUAGAGAUGUGGCGUAUUGAUGCCUAUGCCCCUGAGGGAGAAGAACUGUUGAAUACAUUUGGUAUAAAAUAUAUGUCUGAUGUACAAGUAUUUGCUAUUAUUGAUGGGGAAAAAUGGCAUAUGAGAGAAUUAGAAGCGGCAAUAAAGUCACAAAGUAAUCAAGCUGCCUUUACCGCAUUAGAGCAGUUUGUUAUGGGGUUCUUCUAUGAUAAACAUAAAGAGGUAUAUGCAUUAAAUACAGAGACUGGGUUAGAGUCUAUUCUCAAAUGGUUAAAGGAAGAUCGUAAAAGUACAGAUAUUGUACGUGUAGUUGUACCUCCCCUUAUGGGAGACUCUCUUGUUCUUGCCUUAUCUAUUGUGUACGAUGGUCUGGCAGAGUUUCGUAUAGUGCCAAGAGGAAUAUUAAUUGAUUUUAUUGAAGGAUAUUGUGAACAGCCAGUAGAAGUACGUGACCGUAAUGGUGAAAUUGUUCCUAUGCCAGAGUUUCUCGUUGUUUCUACAAAACAGCUUCCAAAUAUAUCGGUUGUAACGAAUGCUACUAAUACUACUCCUGGUGAUUCUCCCCUACCAGAAUCAACAACAACAACAACAACAACAACAACAGGGGAAUCUCGUGAAACUGGAAGUUGUAGAGGAGUUGUUGUUGGGGCAAGUGCGGCACUCACAUACCGUAAAGCUUCUGCUUUUGUAAAAGAUUCCUUGCCGUUACAACACCAAGGAAUGGCAAACAUCACAUAUAUUACAAGUAUGUCUUUUCAGAAGCUUUGUAAACGACACUGUCUGAUGUGGCUUCGUGAAAACUGUAAUGAGAUGCCAAGUAAGACAUGGUUAGAUGCUCUACAAGGUGACUAUAAACCAUUUCUAGUGGGAUAUAUUUGCCUAAAUAGUGAACCUAACCUCCGAAAGAUUCUACCAACUAUGGAAAAGAAUACGCUUGCUGCUAUAAUAGAUGGUGAUGAUGAGAAUAUAUAUCUUUUGCGUACUAAUAUGGAACGACGGAGUAUUUCGGAAGCAUUAUCAGACCUUCUAAAAGAGGAACAUAAUAGCAAUCCACUUCAUCUGGAGAGACCGUUUUCAUUAUUGCUAACAUCAAAUCCUUUUUUUCUAUCCCAAACGCAGUACUGGUACUUGUCUCUAAAAUCUGUUAUCGACUUUGUUAAACCAUUUUUUUCAAACUCCUAUCCAUUUUUGGUGAUGUAUAUCGCUCACAAAUUGUCUAAUAGAUUCAAUUUGUUGGGUAAUAAUGACAAUAAUAAUAAUAAUAAUAAUAAUAAUAAUAAUAAUAAUAAUAAUAAUAAUAGAAACGGAAACGGAAACACACAACGUUCAGAAUCAUCUAACCCCAAUACUAAUAACAAUAGCAGUAACAAUAAUAACAAAACGAGUGCUGGUUCUACUGCUACUAAAGCAUCUGAAGAAAAACUGCAUCUUUAUAGCAAAGAGGAUUUGAAGGCAGCUAAAGAUGGAAGGGGAUUUCUCCUGCUGAUUUUUCAGCACAAUAUGGAGACUCCAACUAUUUUACCUGACAUAGCAAGGGAUUCACGAUUCACUAUUCGUCUGGUGUCUUUUGCAGAUCCAGAAUGGAACACAUGGCUCUCACAACACUCAACAGAUAGUACGGACUUAUCAUUAAAAAAUAGCAGUGAAUCAGUUUUGGUCGCUUUACGAAAAGGAAAAAUGAAGGCUACCAUAAAAUCACCUCGUGCCUCAAUAGAAUCGUGGUUAAUGGAUCUUCUUGAUGGUACUGUCACAGCUAACAUACCUGUGUCCUUUUAA